AUGGAAGAGCCCGUUCAUUCAGGAGCUGGGCCCAUGAUGCCGGCGCCCCCUGUUCCAUCGAUGCCACAACCCAUACGAGUAGAUAUCGUUGACAGCAAUUCAGGUCAGAAACUCGGUACUCAUAAUAUGGUUCCGAUAGCUACGGUUGGAUAUCAGCAAGCGGGAGUUCCACAGUAUUCGAUACAGUAUCUAACUUUCGACGGGAAUCUAGCACCGUACGGGAGCAAUACAGUUUACCGCGAACCACAUUCUCUAAUCUGGUUAUCCAAUGCAGUUAAUUCAGUUCCCUCACUUUGCUUUUCCUAA